AUGGCGUCCUCUGCGCAGCUAGCCAUCGCCAAAGCUUCCUUUUCCGCCGUGCUCCUGCGGCCUGACCCUUCGCCCUGCUCGCGCGACGAGAUCGAGUCCUUCCACGCCCUCCUCGGCGCCGCGAUAAACCGCUGCUCGCCGGAAAACGUCCAGAAGUGCAAGCAGUGGGCGUUGCGAUACCUCGUCCAGUCUCCGGCCCGCGCCGCGUCGCUGGGCAAGUACCUCGCCGCCCUUGCCAGCGCGGCCGCGCCCGAGGGCGACGCCAAGUCCAAUGGGCAGACAUCAACAGGCUCCAAGCCGUCGACGACGGCGCGCUGUCCAUCAGCGAAGCGGCAGCGCUUGCAUGUGCUCUACAUCCUGAACGACCUGCUCUUCCACGUCAAGACUCGCAAUCACGAUGACACGUUCGCCAAGGCCUUUGAGGGCGUCCUCUCGGAUCUCUUCCGGAGCGCAGCUUCCUUCACCAACAGCCCAAAGCACAUGAAGAAAGUCGAGGAUCUACUCUCGAUAUGGCAGGAGAAGGCGUAUUUUCCGACAGACCUCAUCACGAAGCUGAGGGCAGUCGUGGCGGACGCACCCCUAGCGAAAGCAUCCGAUGAGAACGGCGCGAACGCUUCAGCCAACGCUGCUGCGACAAACUCGGCCGCAAGGGCGAAGAACGCACCCUUCAUGAUGCCGAGCAUUCACGGCGACCCCACGACGCCCUGGUACGACCUCCCGGCCGGGGACUGGCUGCCCGCGAUCCAGCCCAACUCUACGCGGCCCAUCGACCCGGCCAUGAUCAGACCGCUCCAGCUGGCGGCCGGCCCCGCGGAGAAGACGCUCGUGGAGGCGGUCAAGAAGCUCCUGGUGGACGUCGACCGCAUCUACGCCAAGGACCUGCGCCUCGACGCCGACCCGGCCGUCGAGAUCGACCAGAUGGGCGAGCGCGUCGAGGUCGACGAGAUCACGGGCGACGUCCUCGACGGCGACACCUACUACGGCUGGUCCCGGGCCUUCUGCGAGAAGAUGAAGGCCCGCCGGCGGAAGGGAUCGCAGCAGGUCUCCGACAACGACGACGACGACGACGACGGCCGGCGCGGCCGCGCACUCUCGUCGAGAUCCCGCGGCCCCUCGUACGGCAGCUCGAGGAGUCCCUCGGCGCACAGCCGAGAGCGCCCCGCUUUCAAGAGGAGGCGCCUCUCGCGCUCGCCCAGCCGCGACGACGACGGGUACACGCCGAGCCGCAGCCGCAGCCGCCGCCGCAGCUACAGCCGGAACCGGUACCAGCGCUCCUCGCGCAGCCCUCCCUCCCGCUCCCGCUCCCGGCCCCGCGGCGGGUGCCGCUACCGGCGCUCCGGCUCCAGAUCGCCGGCCUACUCUCCUCCUCCUCCUCCUCCGGGCCCUCCAGCGGGCGAAGGGGGAUACAUCCAGCCGCAUCCGGGGCUGCCACCGCCACCGCCACCGCCACCCCCGAACUCCUACCCCAGCUUCCCUCCUCCCUUCCCGCCGCCCCCGCACAUGGCCGGAGGAGGCUUCCCUCCACCGCCGCCGCCCAACUUCCCGGGCCAGUGGCCGCCGCCGCCGCCGCCGCCGCCGCCCCCGAACAUGCAGAUGCCGCCCGGCGGGGCUGGGGCUCCGGGCCAGCGCCAGGGCUGGAUGCCGCCCGGCGCGACGCCUGCUGUGCCCUGGAGCGGGGGGUGGGCUGCUCCCGGACAGCCUGCGCCGCCGCCGCCGCCGCCGUCGAUGGGUGGCGGGUAUCCGCCUCAGCAUCAGCAGCAAGGCCACCGCUACGGUGGCGAUAGAGGAGGAGGCGGAGGAGGCGGAGGAGGCGGUGGGUAUGGCGGUCGAGGGGGUUGGAAUCGCGGAGGUGGUGGUCGAGGUGGAGGAGGAGGUUCUUAUAACCGUGGGAGAGGAGGCGGAUGGUAA